CAGUUCAUGUGGGAUGUUGUUGGUCAUUUCCGAUUGUUUCAUAAAUCGAGAAUUUUUUUGACAUUAGUAGCUAAAUGUGAACAAUGUCAGAAUCUGUAGGUCCUAUUUCUGGAAAAGCAGACAGAGAAAAAUGCUGGGGAGCUAGAGAUAACUAUUGGAACUGUUUAUCCAGACAUGAAGAGAAACUAGGGAAAGAAAAAGCCACAGAAAAGUGUGCAGAACUCAGAAAGCCAUAUGAAUCAUUUUGUUCAAAAACAUGGGUAAAACAUUUUGAUAGACGAAGAGAAUAUUUAAAAUUUCGAGCAAAAGUUGAAUCUGGAGAAAACCCUUUACCAGAAGAAAAAGAGUUCAAAAUUUCAGGAUAUAAACCAGAAUCAUCAUGAUGUUGACUGAUGUAAUUUUAUGUGAUAUUGUAAAUAUUUCAUGUAUUAUACAGAUAGCUAAAAUAUCAAAUAAAUUGUUCACACAC